UUUUAAUUUUCUUGAUUUUUGAUCAAGAUUCAUUACAAGUUCAAGGUUUCUUCCACAUUGUAACAAGAAAAAAACAUACACAGAAAUUCUACAACACACAUCAAUCCAAUUUCAAUAUAGGGAAAAAAAUGUACAAAAUUCAUGGAAAUACAAAUAUAGCCUUUGAAAUCCAACCAGACAUACAGAUUUUGAGACCAAGUAUUCAUGCAAGAAGGGCAAAUAUUAUUGUAAAGUUUCAAGAUGUUUAUGGUUUUAUGGUACAAGGCAAUGUUGAUGAUGUGAAUAUACUAAAUGAUGUGAGGGAAAAAAUGAGGGAACAAGGUAAGGUAUGGUGGGCAAUGGAAGAUAGCAAAGGGGCUGAUUGGUAUUUACAAGCUUAUAAUAUAUAUUCUUCUGAUCAUGCCUUGAAAUCAUCUCUAAGAUUUUCAUUUUUUGUCAAUGGUAUGGUCUUAAAAAAGCUCAUUAGGAAAGGUAUUCCUACAACUUUAAGGCCGAAAGUAUGGUUUUCGUUAUCCGGGGCCGCUAAGAAGAAAUCUACGGUCCCUGAUAGCUAUUAUGAUGAUCUAAUUUCUGCCGUUCAAGAUAAGGUCACCCCUGCCACAAAACAGAUUGAUCAUGACCUGCCACGAACGUUCCCUGGUCAUCCAUGGUUAGACACACCCGAGGGCCAUGCUGCGGUGAGACGUGUUCUUGUGGGGUACUCUUUCCGUGAUUCUGACGUGGGUUAUUGUCAGGGUUUGAAUUAUGUGGCAGCAUUGUUGCUACUUGUGAUGAAAACCGAAGAAGAAGCUUUCUGGAUGCUAGCAGUUCUCCUUGAAAAUGUAUUGGUCAACGAUUGUUACACAGAUAAUUUAUCAGGCUGCCAUGUCGAACAACGGGUGUUCAAAGAUUUGUUGACCAAAAAAUGUCCAAGGUUAUCUGUCCAUUUAGAAGCUUUGGGUUUCGAUGUAUCCCUUGUAGCAACUGAGUGGUUUCUUUGCCUGUUCUCAAAGAGCCUACCUUCAGAGACAACUAUGAGAGUGUGGGACGUUCUCUUUUAUGAAGGGGCAAAAGUCUUAUUUAACGUAGCUCUGGCUAUUUUCAAGAUGAAGGAAGAAGAGUUGCUGCUGACACAUCACGUCGGGGAUGCAAUCAAGAUAAUACAAAAUACCACUCAUCAUCUCUUUGAUCCCGACGACUUGUUGACAGUAGCUUUUGAUAAAAUUAGUUUUAUGACAACUAAUAUUUCUAAGCAAAGGAAAAAGCAAGAAACAGUGGUGAUGGCAGAACUUGAUCAAAGGUUGAGGCGGCUAAAUACAAGUAAAUUAAGCGUCGCCAGCUGAUGAAUGUGCGUUGUGAGUUGCAAACACUAGUAUAUGCAAAAAUGUUGUCUUUAAUAAUUUGCUGAGGGCUAGCAAGGGCCCGUGAGUCAUUUGUGUUCCUGGGAGAGAAUUAAGUGCUGCACUGUAAAAUCAAAAUGUGUUUCCAGAAGUUGCAGGUUUGUAAUGCAACCAAGUUUUAUGUUUCAAAUUUAAAGUGGAGUGUAAAAUAUACAUAUUAAUUCAUGCG